GUCCGACGUGGCUGCGCAGGCGGCGAGGGGUGAGGGGUGAGCGGGCAGCGGCCGCGCCGACGGCCUGUCUGUCUGUGACUGCCCGCCUGUGUGUUGCAGGCGCCGGUUCCCUGGACUGGACGGGUCGGGCCGCCAUGCUGCCGAGCGCAGGCUCCUCCCGUGCCGCUGGCGCCGCUCUGAGGCCGCGCCUCCGGCUGCAGGCCGGGCUCGCCGACUGCGUGUGACGCGGCGCCGCCGCGCCGUGUGAAGAUGGAAGGAAUACUUUACAAGUGGACCAACUACCUGACGGGUUGGCAGCCUCGUUGGUUCGUACUGGACAAUGGAAUACUUUCUUAUUAUGAUUCUCAGGAUGAUGUUAACAAAGGCAGCAAAGGGAGUAUCAAAAUGGCUGUUUGCGAAAUUAAAGUACAUUCAACAGAUAACACACGAAUGGAGCUGAUUAUUCCUGGAGAACAACAUUUCUAUGUCAAAUCAGUCAAUGCUGCUGAGAGGCAGAGAUGGUUGGUGGCACUAGGCAGUUCGAAAGCAUGUCUUGCAGAUACAAGGACUAAAAAAGAAAAAGAAAUCAAUGAGACCAUUGAAUCUCUCAGAACUAAGAUGUCCGAACUUCGGUUGUAUUGUGACUUGCUAAUGCAGCAAGUUCAUACAAUACAAGAGUCUGUUAAACAGGAUCAGCCAGGUUUGACGCCACCUGCUGAGAAUAUGAAUGAAGCCUCUUCUUUGCUCAGUGCCACGUGUAAUACCUUCAUUACAACUCUUGAAGAGUGUAUGAAAAUAGCCAAUGCCAAGUUUAAGCCAGAAAUGUUCCAGUUUACUCACUCCGAUCCACUUGUCUCUCCUGUUUCACCAUCACCAGUUCAGAUGGUUCGGAUGAAACGAUCAAUUAGUCAUCCUGGUACCAUUCUUUAUGAUGGCAGGAAACUGGACGCUCCUCACCAAAAGGAAAUGCUUAUUGCAACGUUACGGCCUGAAGUGCACAGGAGAAUACGGACGUAUUCAGAUACUGAAUCAUACAACGAUGGUGCUCUGGAUGAUCCAGAAAAACUUUGCCAUACAGAGCAAUGGUACCAUUGAAUUAAUAACAACUGUGAAGCUUCAGUGGUGAAAUAAGGACGCAACACAUGACUAAAGACAGCAUUGCCGGAGGUGUGCACUUUGGGGAUUGUUGGCCAGGAUUUGAGAGAAGGAAUUAAAUCCUUGGGGCUGCACAAAUUCACUGUAUGCACCCGUGUAUCCUUGGACAAUGAGCAUUCUGGAGGAAUUGCAGUUGGAUGUUGUUUCUAUUUACACCUUUUAUUUGACUUUGUAGUUAGUACAUGUUGAAUGAAACCUGUUAUGUAUAUGAACAUUGAGUACUGUUGUAGGAUGAGGUUUGGAUUGUGCUUCAUUUUUUUAGUAGCAGACAAUUAGUACUGGUUAUACCAGAACUCAUAGGUAUAGAAGCAGUUUCUGAAACAAAGUUAAAACUAUUGUGCUCUGCAUUACCUUUUUGAAAGAGAAAUUAGUAGAUUCUAUCCACUUAAAUAUUAAAGGAAUGAAAAGGUGUAUUUUCUAUUCAAUAAAAAUACAUUAAUAAAAUACAAUAGUGACCCAGGUACAAUUGUAACUGGCAACUAUAGAAAAUAAAUUACUUUUUUAUAUGACCAUCUUCAUUUGAGGUAAAGGGAAAAGUUUUUCAUUUGAGUUGAAACCUUCAAUGGCUAA